AUGGGCGCACUCGUGUGGUGGCUGGCAGCCGCCUGCCUAGUCCGCGCCGCCACCGCCGGCAACCCCGACGCCAAACGGCUGUAUGACGACCUGCUCUCCAACUACAACAAGCUGGUGCGGCCGGUCGUCAACACCACCGACGUGCUGCGCGUCUGCAUCAAACUUAAACUCAGCCAGCUCAUCGAUGUCAACCUCAAGAACCAGAUAAUGACGACAAACCUAUGGGUGGAACAGUCGUGGUAUGACUACAAGCUGCGCUGGGAGCCGCGCGAGUAUGGCGGGGUGCACAUGCUGCAUGUGCCCUCCGACCACAUCUGGAGGCCCGACAUCGUGCUCUACAACAAUGCCGACGGCAACUUCGAAGUAACAUUGGCGACCAAGGCGACUAUCUACCACCAGGGGCUGGUCGAAUGGAAACCGCCCGCGAUUUACAAGUCUUCCUGCGAAAUAGAUGUGGAAUAUUUUCCGUUCGACGAGCAAACGUGCGUUCUUAAGUUCGGUAGCUGGACGUACGACGGAUUCAAGGUGGACCUGCGGCACAUGGACGAGCAGGCGGGGAGCAACGUGGUGUCUGUGGGCGUCGACCUCUCCGAGUUCUACAUGUCCGUCGAGUGGGACAUCCUUGAAGUGCCCGCCGUCAGGAAUGAGAAAUUUUACACGUGUUGCGACGAGCCGUACCUGGACAUCACGUUCAACAUCACCAUGCGGCGGAAGACGCUGUUUUACACCGUGAACAUCAUCAUCCCCUGCAUGGGCAUCUCCUUCCUCACCGUCCUCACCUUUUAUUUGCCUUCGGAUAGCGGAGAAAAGGUGACGUUAUCGAUAUCGAUAUUGAUUAGCCUCCACGUGUUCUUCCUACUGGUGGUGGAGAUCAUCCCACCCACCUCACUGGUGGUCCCACUACUGGGCAAGUACCUCAUAUUCGCCAUGAUCCUCGUCUCUAUAAGUAUAUGCGUGACGGUGGUGGUUCUGAACGUGCACUUCCGAUCGCCGCAGACGCACCGUAUGGCGCCGUGGGUGAAGCGGGUCUUCAUCCACAUAUUGCCGCGGCUACUCUUCAUGAAGAGACCGCAGUAUAAGUUCGACACCACCAGGUCGCGGUACACAGCCUGCGGCGUGGUGGUCAGGUGCGGCGGCGCGGCACGGCCGCUGUACCCGUACAGGUUAGCAGCGGCCGACGACGACUGCUGCGCGCCGGGUGCGUGGCCGCCGCCUGCCGCCGUGCCGCCCCGCCCCCUCACACGCACGCCCAGCAAGGAGGACCUCACGCACACUACAUACCUCAACUCCGGCAUGGGCGAAAGCAAUAGGUUCGGUGGCAGCUGUGUGGUUCAUGGGUCUUCCGAGGGAGGAGCGCUGGGCGCGGCCGAGGACGAGGCGCUGAGCCCCGUGCCCGACCCGCCGCCCGGCUUCAGCCACUCCGCCUGUCCGCCAGAGGUGCACAAGACCUGCUUCUGUGUGCGCUUCAUCGCGGAACAUACCAGGAUGCUGGAGGAUUCUACUAAGGUAAAAGAAGAUUGGAAGUACGUGGCGAUGGUACUGGAUCGGUUGUUCCUGUGGAUAUUCACGCUGGCGGUGCUGGUGGGCACGGCAGGCAUUAUCCUGCAGGCGCCGACGCUGUACGACGACCGCGUGCCCAUCGACAAGGCCUUCAACCAGAUCGCCACCUCCACUCUCGUGCGCUGCCCGCCACCAGCGUAAACAUACCCUACUGUCGCCUGACCGGUGGCUGACCAUCUGACCAUGCUACACGCGUUUACACUUAUCUACAUUUUACAAGAGCCUAAAGUUGAAAUAAGUUGAACUCGUGUAGUCACUCAGAUGCUGCUCAUUGUUCGUGCAAUCAUAGUUCAGUCAUUAAGACAUAAAAUUAUUUUUCACAAACUACUGUUAUCAAGCGUACAUUGGUUGUUUCCAGUACGAAAUAUUAUAUUUUUUGACAUUGUCUACACGCGAUUGUCGCGUCAUGGUAAUGAUCACGAGCAGUGAGCCGCGGCCCCGCCAGCGCGGCACGUGAGACCCAACGCACACCCGUCCCGCCCGGCACGUGUUCUAUUCCACGACACGUAAUUAGAAUAAUUAAGUAUAAUCUUCUUAUAACUCUUCAUCGACUCUUGCACUCAUUAGACUUUAACUCCCUCUAUAUCUUUCGCAAACUUCCCCAUCUUCAUUUGUGUUCAUAAUUGUUCAGUGCACGUACCUAUCCUUUUAUAUGCGACCAGCACGCUUAUAGUAAGUACAAUUUGGUUAAGACUCUAACGGUCCUAACACGUUAACAUCCAAUCGAGACAAUAAUUUGAAGCAAUCAUUUCGUUAAACUGUUAAAUAAUGUUUUUCCAUAACAUAACUUUGCCUCGAGGACAAAACGUUCAAAAUAGGUACCUAUACAUAUUUGUAUCAUUAACAUAUGAGUAUUCGCCACGUUAAAUAAGUACUUAUGAAGAUACCUAGAAAUAGUUAUAAGUAAAGGACGAACCACCACCAAGUUAUUGUUGUCUGUGUUCAAUGACUCCUUAGCUGAUAACUAGUAGGCCGUAGCACCGCGGGCUAAGCCCCGCCAGUAUUAUAUACGUAAACAUACACGCACCUCGCUUAGGUACUCUAUAAGGAUCAACAAUGAAAACAAUUUCAGUUUUAUCGUUUCGUACUUUAUCAAAAUUAGGUCGCGUUUACAUCAGUAGGACACACAAAAGGGCGAUAACGGGCGUUACGCGCUUCUCCAAUUCUGCUUACCUUUUUCAUCUUGUUCACAUUGAACUGACCGUAAAGACAUGCGGGCGGUUAGUCUGUUCACAGUCAUAUAAGUCAGAUGUAAACGCGUCCUUAACCUUUAAGUAGACAUCGAAACGAGAACUAUACCUAGUAUUAUAAGAAAAAGUAUAAUUUCCUUCUACCUAUCUAUUAAGUGCACCUAUCUUGAAACCUUGAAACGAGGAAAACUUCUCCUAUGCAAUUAUACAAAUAUAAUUUUGUCGUAGAAUAGAACAUGUACAUUUUAAUAAAAAUAUAUCGAUUUUAUUAUUUAUACUAGGGAAACAAUAGAAAUCGAAACGAGUAUAACCCGUCGUCUGCGAUGUAACGAUAUAAGAAAUAUUUUUAUUAUUUAAUUAUACAUAUUAUAUACGAAUAAAGCAAUCAGUCAUAUAUAUUUAUACAAAUAUGAAUGAGAGAUUUUUUUUCAAUGCGCAAUUACAAAGUAACAGCAGUUACACUUGCCCUAUAAAGAUCCUUAUGAUAAAUAAGUACAAUUUUAACGAUUUACUUUAAGCAAUGAUUGCUCAAUUUUAUGAAUGAGUAUCUAGAAGUUUUAUAAAGGGAUUUCCAUUGGUAAAAGCUAUGAGAUGACUUCAUUUAUUUUUAUCAACGAGUUUUCGGUGAAAUCAGAUGUCUUGUUUAUUUUAAUAAGAGUAAUUUUGAACAGCGUGUCAAUAUUAUAUUUCAUGUAAAUAGAUUAGGCACGCCUUUAAAUGUUAUAAGCCGUGCCAAAAUUUUGGACAGGAAUUGAUAAAAUGAAAACAAUUGAUUUAAAUAUCAACAGUAAUAUAAACAUAAAUAAAAGAUUUAAAAGAACUGUUUGUACAAAAUUAAAAAAAUAAAUUAAUAAAAAUGGCUAAUAUAAACGCUUUUCGUGUUAAAUGUGAAACGAUUAUGUAGGUGUAUAGCAUCGUACGGUACUUAUGACAGAUUGGAACGUAUGCGUGCAAGUGGCAACUGAGAUAAAUUUCUCAAGGGGCAACAUUUACAGCCAAAUAUAUCGCGAACUAAUAAUAAAAUCAAUGUUAAGUUUACCGUAGCGUUUUGGCUGUAAGUAGUUUAACAUGGCAAGCAACAAUUCUCCAGUGAUAGAAGCUGGCAGUAUUGGAGUUCCCCGGGGAAAAGUAUCGGUGCAGUUUGUACAUUAAAUGAACGUGAGCAAAAUAAUUUAGAAAUGAUUAAGGGUGUAAGCACAUUGGACUGCUCGCAGUAGAGUAGCGCAGCUCAAUUGUA